CCUGUACUGUGGUGUCAGAAAGCUGCUGGCCUUCAGGGACAUGGUGGUGGCCUCUGCAGUGUCGGUGCUGCUAAUCGCGGCCGAAAGGAACCGGUUGCAGCGCGUCCCGAGCUUGCUGCUUCCGACGAGGCGAUGGACUUGGAAGCAAAGAACCAUGAAGUAUGCAACAACCACAGGAAGAAGCAUUACCAAGGUUCUUAUUGCAAACAGAGGAGAAAUUGCCUGCAGGGUGAUGCGAACAGCCAAAAAAAUGGGUGUUCAGUCAGUGGCUGUUUACAGUGAAGCUGACAGGAACUCAAUGCAUGUAGACAUGGCAGACGAAGCAUAUUCCAUUGGUCCUGCUCCCUCCCAGCAGAGCUACCUUUCUAUGGAGAAAAUCAUUCAAGUGGCCAAAAUCUCCGCUGCACAGGCUAUCCAUCCAGGAUAUGGUUUUCUUUCAGAAAACACAGAAUUUGCUGAACUGUGUAAACAAGAAGGAAUUAUUUUUAUAGGUCCUCCUUCAUCCGCAAUUAGAGACAUGGGUAUAAAGAGCACAUCCAAGUCCAUAAUGGCUGCUGCCGGAGUACCUGUGAUAGAAGGUUAUCAUGGAGAAGACCAGUCCGACCAGUGCCUGAAAGAGCAUGCCGGAAGGAUUGGGUAUCCUGUCAUGGUUAAAGCUGUCCGUGGUGGAGGAGGAAAAGGCAUGAGGAUCGUUAGGUCAGAAAAAGAAUUUCAAGAACAGUUAGAAUCAGCACGGAGAGAAGCUAAGAAGUCUUUCAAUGAUGAUGCGAUGCUGGUGGAGAAGUUUGUAGACACGCCAAGACAUGUAGAAGUCCAGGUGUUUGGUGACCACUAUGGCAAUGCCGUGUACUUGUUUGAAAGAGACUGCAGUGUACAGAGGAGACACCAGAAGAUCAUUGAAGAGGCUCCAGGGCCUGGAAUUGAACCUGAGGUAAGAAGACAGCUUGGGGAAGCUGCAGUCCGAGCUGCUAAAGCUGUAAAUUAUGUGGGAGCAGGAACUGUGGAGUUUAUUAUGGACUCAAAGCACAAUUUCUACUUCAUGGAGAUGAAUACAAGGUUGCAAGUAGAACAUCCUGUUACUGAGAUGAUCACAGGGACUGAUUUGGUGGAGUGGCAGCUUAGGAUUGCAGCAGGAGAGAAGAUUCCCUUGAGCCAGGAAGAAAUAACUCUGCAGGGCCAUGCCUUUGAAGCUAGAAUAUACGCAGAAGAUCCUAACAACAACUUCAUGCCAGGGGCUGGGCCCUUAGUCCAUCUCUCUACCCCUCAAGCAGACCUUUCCACCAGAAUUGAAACUGGAGUACGGCAAGGAGAUGAAGUCUCGGUGCAUUAUGACCCCAUGAUUGCGAAGCUGGUCGUCUGGGCUGCUGAUCGUCAGGCAGCCUUGACAAGACUGAGGUAUAGCCUCCGUCAGUACAAUAUUGUCGGACUGCACACCAACAUUGAUUUCUUACUCAGCCUCUCUGGCCAUCCUGAGUUUGAAGCUGGAAAUGUGCACACUGACUUCAUUCCUCAACACCAUAGAGAACUGUUUCCCACUCAGAAGGCCACAGCCAAGGAGUUUUUGUGCCAGGCAGCCCUGGGCCUCAUCCUCAAGGAGAAAGCUAUGACCGAUGCUUUCAAACUCCAGGUGCAAGAUCAAUUCUCUCCAUUCACAUCUAGCAGUGGAAGAAGAUUGAAUAUCUGUUACACCAGAAACAUGACCCUUAGAGAUGGGAAAAACAAUGUAGCCAUAGCUGUAACAUAUAACCACGAUGGGUCAUAUAGCAUGCAGAUUGACGAUAAGACUUUCCAAGUCCUUGGUGCCCUGUCCAGUGAGGGAGAUUGCACCUUCCUGCAGUGUUCUGUUAACGGAGCAGCUAGUCGGGCUAAGCUCAUAAUCCUGGGAAACACGAUUUACCUGUUUUCUAUGGAAGGAAAUGUUCAGAUUGACAUUCCAGUACCCAAAUACUUGUCUUCAGUGAGCUCUCAAGGAACACAAGGAGGUACCAUAGCUCCCAUGACUGGAACUGUUGAAAAGGUGUUUGUGAAAGUUGGAGACAGAGUAAAGGCUGGAGAUUCUCUCAUGGUUAUGAUUGCCAUGAAAAUGGAGCAUACUAUAAAAGCUCCAAAGGAUGGCACAAUAAAGAAAAUUUUCUACAAAGAAGGCUCUCAGGCCAACAGACACGCUCCUCUAGUUGAGUUUGAUGAAGAGGAAUCUAACAAAAGAGACUCAGACUAAAUGCCAUUAAAGAAAUGGCCAAUGACGCUGUAUCUUCUCUCCAAACCACAAAAGAAAAGUGCCU